GUUGGAUCUUCUCUGUCUUCACGGAAACCAGAAACCAUACAAAAGUAUGGCGAUCUUUAGAAUAAGACAAAAGAGCUUCGUGCGCGUCUGGACGUUUUCCGCGAUAGUGGCCGUGGUGUGUGCGCAAAGUGUCAAUGAUCCAAGCAACAUGUCUCUCGUAAAAGAAACUGUUGAUAGACUAUUGAAAGGAUAUGACAUUCGCUUGAGGCCAGAUUUCGGAGGUCCUCCGGUGGGAGUGGGGAUGAAUAUAGACAUAGCCAGCAUAGACAUGGUCUCAGAAGUGAAUAUGGACUACACACUGACUAUGUAUUUCCAGCAAGCCUGGCGAGACAAACGUCUGUCCUAUUCUGAGAUUCCUCUUAACCUGACGCUGGAUAACCGGGUAGCCGAUCAGCUGUGGGUGCCAGACACGUACUUCCUAAACGACAAGAAGUCGUUUGUACAUGGUGUGACAGUGAAGAACAGAAUGAUCCGUCUCCAUCCAGAUGGCACUGUGCUUUAUGGGCUCAGGAUCACGACCACUGCCGCCUGCAUGAUGGACUUGCGCAGAUACCCGCUUGAUGAGCAGAACUGCACGCUGGAAAUCGAGAGCUAUGUUAACCAUUUGAUAUAUCUGGCUAAUUGCUAUUUUCAUCCAGGUUCGUAUCCUCGCCUCUCCCUGAGCUUUAAGCUGAAGAGAAACAUUGGCUACUUCAUUCUGCAGACCUACAUGCCCUCCAUCCUAAUCACCAUCCUGUCCUGGGUAUCCUUCUGGAUCAACUAUGAUGCCUCGGCUGCCAGGGUUGCUUUAGGUAUCACCACUGUGCUGACCAUGACCACCAUCAACACACAUUUGCGGGAGACGCUUCCAAAGAUCCCGUAUGUCAAAGCCAUUGACAUGUACCUGAUGGGCUGUUUCGUCUUCGUCUUCCUGGCUCUGCUGGAGUAUGCGCUGGUCAACUACAUCUUCUUCGGCAGAGGACCGCAGCGGCAGAAGAGAGCUGCAGAGAAAGCCUCCAUAGCCAACAAUGAAAAAAUGAGAAUGGAUCCCAACAAAUGGUUGGUGGGAAAUGUAGUUCAGAGAGACGAUACUCUGUAUGCCAGAAUGAAACAGAGGGAUAUUGACUCCAUGCAUGACUCCAUGUGGGAACCGAUCUUUGUGGAUGAUGCAGCAUUAGGACUAGGCGAUUCAAAAAAUAAGAUGGACCCCCAUGAAAACAUCCUUCUCAGUCCUCUGGAAAUCAAGAAUGAAAUGGGCACAUCAGAGUUGACCCUGGGUCUGGGUGACCCGCGUGCAACCAUGCUGGCCUUCGACAGCACCUCGCUGCAGUAUCGCAAACCCGGCCUGGCCAGACACAACUUUGGACGCAAUGCGCUGGAACGCCACGUGGCUCAGAAGAAGAGCCGACUACGGCGGCGCACUUCACAGCUUAAAAUCACCAUCCCUGACUUAACUGACGUCAAUUCAAUCGACAAGUGGUCGAGAAUGAUCUUCCCCACCGUGUUUUCCUUCUUCAACGUCGUCUAUUGGCUUUAUUAUAUCAACUAACUGAAUUCUCGGCCGUCCGAGAAGCGCCACUUAUUUUUAUGUCAGUAUACUCUUCCGUCUGAUUUUGCAAUACAAGCAGGACUUAUGUUGACAAAUUCAAAUCAGGACUAAUUCUCUUUGACCUUGGGUUCACCUUAAUUGCUGGCUGACACUGAUACUCUAAAGAGGUUAAGAACAAACGGUGCCUGCUCCAAAAUUCAAUAGAUUGAGGGUAUUGUUUAGAGUUUGGUUUGCUAGAUUUUUAUUUUUUUUAUGAUUUCUUUUAGAGCAAGAUGCAUCUGUUUUGUUGCCAAGUUAUCAGAACAGUUACUGACGCAAAUUAGUUAUCUUUAUACCAACAGAAAAAUCUAAGUCUUAAGACGAAAAGUGGACGUUUACAGUUCU